AUGAAAGACAACACGUUCUUCGAAGCCCCGCGGCUGCGGCUGGAUGGCAUUUAUAUCAGCAAAUGCGUUUACUUAAGAAGAGUGAGAGAUGUGGGGAAUAUACACUUGGACGACAGACGCCGCAGGACGCUGCAGCAGCUGCAGCAGCAGCUGCAGCAGCAGCUGCGGCAGCCCACAGGGGCCCCCAUAAGCCAGGAGCUCAUUAAUAACCUGGCAGCAAAUUCGCCUGUCGUUGCCGUCACUUACUACAGAUAUUUGCGCUUCUUGCCCAACAACAGGGUCUUAGUGCUCAGGUCUGAGGCUGAGAAGCAAGUUGCUGUUGCUGCACUCAAGUGCGUGGAGGCUCGCUUGGAGGGAAAGCCUGACAGCUGCAAAGCUGCGCUGGCCCCCAGCAGGGCCCCCGCUCUCCAAGGGGCCCCCCUGCCAGACCAAGUGGUUUUGGGACUUUUUGAUUUUGACACUUCGAGCAAAACUGUUACUUUGGAGUACCCGGGGCGGAGCCCCGCAGCAGCAGCAGCUGCUGCUGACGGUGCAGCAGCAGCAGCAACAGCAGCAGCAGCAGGAAACCCGCAGCAGCGCGGGGGCAGGAGCCGCAGGGAAGCUGCUGCUGGAGCAGUUGUGGGGCCCCACGAAGACAGCCGGGGGCCCCCAAAUCCAAGACCAAACAGAGAAGCGUCCAGAGGGGGGCCCCCCAGCUCUUGGGGGGCCCCCAGCAACUUGGGAGCCCCCAACACUAGAGGGGCCCCUAACAACUUGGGGGCCCCCAACAGCUUGGGGGCCCCCAGCAGCUUGGGGGCCCCCCGAGCUGCCCCUGUACAUACAGCAGUGCUGCAGUUGGCCCACGUGAAGGGGGGGUGGUGGAACUCCAAGCUCAAGUGGAUAAGCUUGUCGGUCACUUCCAACACGCAUUACGGACCAGACGAAUCUUUUAUUGAUGUUGAAAACGAGAACUUCAGGCCAUUUCUCUUCCACCGCGUCAUUUCCUUCCAAGAUUAUUUCUAG